AUAUAAUUAACAUUCAUUCUAGAUGUAAAUUUAGAAUUAAUAUGACUUCUUUCACUAUUCAAUAUGGCUAAACAUGUUCCAGUUGGACAUGCAAAAUGCAACCUCUCUAUUAAAAAGAAUAUCAUAUUGAUAGUACAUAUCUUUAUUUUUAUGCCUCUAUAGAUAUCUCAGGAAAAGUAAAUGGCCGCCUGUGCUUAUUCACAACUGAUAAUAAACAAUAAUUUGACACUAAUUAAUUCACUUUGAAGAAGAACAAAAAACUUAAACAGACCAGUUCUUUUAUAUAUAUAUUUAGAAUGAGAAUGAAGAAAGAUGGUGCUUGAAUAUCUAGUCUGCGAUAUGAAGAAAAUAGAAUGAUUAAAUUAGAAGAAUGAUUGAAAAGAAUAAUAAGGCUACUUUAGAAGAAUGACUUUUACAGAUUUUAACAAUUUAUGUAUUUUCUUUAAAAAUGGUUUUCAAAAUAAAUAAAAAAAUUUGAAAAAUAAUUCAUUUUUCAGAAAACAUUGUUACCAAACACACACACACACACAGAGUAAUGUAUAUAUAUAUAAUUAUUGAGUUAGAGCAUAGAAGGUCCACAAGAACUAGAUUGAAAGUACUUCUUCUACCUCUGUGGUGUGUGGAAGUAUAUUGUUUUGGUUCCAAUAACACAGAUUCAAAUGUUUUAGUGUUCUGGCAAAUAAUAGUACAUCAAGGCUAGGCUGUCACAGCCCCUCCAUUAACUAAGCUUUUCCUUAUCGAUUUAAAAAAGGGAUCAAAAAAGUUGCAUAGACGACUCUUCACUUUAAUAAGGCUGUGAUGAAUCAUAUCACUAUUUCUUACAAAAUUAUUUAUUGCUCUUUUUACAUUUUUAUUCUAUAACCAUAUUAUUGUUAUUAUUAUUAUUAUUAGAAAGAAAAAAAAAAAAAACCAACAGAUCAUUUGGCUAUCUAGUAGUGAAUCUACAUUGGGCAUUGUGGCACUUAUCCCCUUUGUUCCCUGAAUUUGUUAUAUAUACUAUUCUGUUUUAUUAACUUUCAUUUACAAAACAGACAUUGGGAGUUUUUUUCAGAGAAAAAGAUAUAAUUGUCUUCUAGAAAAAUCUAAUAGAAUAAAAUCUCACAACACAAAAAUGCAAUCAAAAUAUGGUAAAAUUCAAUAAAAAUAUAUCUAAAAAAUAAAUGAUUCUGAUAAAUAAGAUCAUGAAACUAUAUAUAGGGAUAAAAACACUAAAUUUUGCUAACUCAUGAGUCAGACCAUUAGCCGCCCUUUUGAUUGUUUGACAAUCAAUCACACCAACCUUCCUAGCAAGAUAAUGAAUAUCAUUAGCAAUCAAUUCGCUUCACAGAUUGAGUUUUGACUCCUAACUAAAUUAAUAACUUCAGUGCUGUCAUAUUUUAUAAUUAGAUUCCGUAUAUCAUAAUCUCUAGCUAGAAUGAGUCUAUCCCGAAUAUCAGACAUUGUAAACUGUAAAAUUCUCCCAAUAAAUAUGAUUACAAGAACUCGAAUCUAGCUAGAAUACCUUCAAACUAACGUCGCGUUAUGAUUAUUAUCUUUUAAUUACAUAUGAUGUGGGUUUUAAUGUUUAUAUGCUUUCAUUUUUGUUAAUUUUAAUUCAAGAUUUUUAAUUUCAAUCACUGGAAUUUUAUUAUUAGUAGCAAUCAAAAGAGACAAUUUUGAAUUAUAGAAAAAGAGAAUGAAUUUACUUUUUUAUUUUCUUAGAAAAGAGUAACAAUUUCCAAAUUUGUAAAACCCUCAAAUGUUAUAUAAGGAGGACUAGCUUUUAGCUGUUACUUGUGGCCAUCUGAAAUCAUGUAAACAAGAAAAAAAAUGGUCCACAGAGUUAGAUGCUUUUUCUAAAUUUUCAUCAGUUCUUUUUUAUUUUGUUUUAAUUUAUUUGUAUCGUUUUUAUGUUGGAACAUAAAUUGCGCCAAGCCAACCGCUAAAAACAGAAAGUCUCUUUCCUUGCCCAAAAAGAAAAAAACACCAUUGUAACUGAAAUGCAUGCAUUCAAACCCUAACCCUAACCCUUACCCCCACUUAUUACAGGAGAGUUUUUUUUUUUUUUUCUUAAUCUCUGAUAUUGAAAACAAAACUCUUUCUAUUUACAGAAGAAAAAAAAGGUGAGAAGAGAGAUAUUAGGAUUUUUGGAAUAUCCAGGGUUCUUAUUGUGUAUAGCAAGGUAAUAAGUAUAACAUAUAGGGCUAGGGUUUUCUCUGAUAUAUAUCGGGAAAAAAAGAAAAGAAAAAGAAAUAUAGAAAUGUCUAUGAUGUGCCCUUCCCUGACCUGUGUAUCUUUUGCAUAUGAGAGGCUACCUCAAGAACAAUUCAGGCUCUCUGUUCUGAAACUGAAUGGUUCUUUCUUUGAGGUGCAAGUAUCGAGGAUGGCUACGGUAGGGGAACUUAAGCAAGCAGUGGAGAAUGUCUUUACUCAUUCACCAGAGGAUGAUAUGCAUAUGAAUAUUUCAUGGUGGCAUGUGUGGAGCCAUUUCUGUUUAUGUUAUAAAGGGCAAAAGCUAAUUCAUGACAAGGCAUAUAUUCAAUCUUUUGGUAUCAAGGAUGGCGAUCAGCUUUAUUUUGUCAGACAUUUAGCAACCAACAACCGUAGUUCAGCCAACAGACAGAAAAGAAACGACUUGAUGCGUGUGACCAGUUUGCAGUUUUAAAGAAAUGGUAAAAGGCUUGAAGGUCCCAUAGAGAGAAAAGAAGGAAGAAACUUUCUGAAUCACUUCAAGUUAUGACAGUCUAAGUUGCUGCUAUUCUUUCUGAGAUUUAAAAUCACUUUGCUCAUUCUGUGCCUACUGCAAGCUACGUCCUUGAAAGUUUUCCUUGAGAUCGAAGAAUGCCACAGAAUCGGAACUAAGAUCUCAUUAAGGACAGCAAGAACAGAACUUUGCAGAGUUCUUGAUAAGUUGACAUUGGGGAUUUCAUAAUCCUUUAUAUACAUAGCACUGAUAUCUGCUAUUAGUGAGCUGAUGGAUUCGACUAAUAUUCCAUAUUGCUAAGCAUAAAUAAAAAAGUCAUUUUCUGUCGUGAAGCAUUUCUUUAGA